AUGCGCCCCUGUACCGCCUCCUCAUGCUGCUGCCAGGCCUGUAAUCUGCCAUGGGCCCCCGUACCGACUCCUCAUGCUGCUGCCAGGCCCGUAAUCUGCCAUGGGCCCCUGUACCCCGCCUCCUCAUGCUGCUGCCAGGUCCAGAGUGUGUCAUGGGUCCCUGUACGGCCUCCCAUUGCUGCUGUCUCUAUCGCCACACUCUGCCAUGUGCCACUUUCAGGUCUCCUCACACUGCUGGUGGUUUCCAUUUUUGUCAUAGGGUGCUGUAUGGCCUCCCAUUGCUGCUGCCUCCACCGCCACACUGUGGCUCCACACUCUGGUUUUGGCCCCGUGACUGGCCAAAUGAGUGAAGUGUGCGGUGAUUCUAAGAUCGACGGCACUCAUCUGCAUGUCAUACUGCCUGACAGUAUUAUUUCUCUUCCCCAGCAGACUCCAAGGGCAUUUAAAUUAAAGGUACAGUGUUCAGCACUAAUAUUA